GGGGUAUAUUAGUUAUCAAAAUGUCAGAACCCAAUCGGUUGUUCGGUUUUUUAUUGUUUGUUAUAAACGCUUUUUCAGAAUGUGAUGUAAUGUUCUUCUGUCUGUGUUUGUGGAGUCUGUUUGGUGUGUUUGGUUGUGUGUCUGUGUCAGUGACUGAGGGAGAUUCUGUUACUUUGUUUGUGAAUCUGACUGAAACACAGAUGAAGGAUGGAAUCUCCUGGAAGUUUGGAGCUCAAGAAAGUCUCAUCGCUGAAAUCAAGAGUGAAAGCAUCACUAUAUCUGAUGAUAAACCUGACAAAAGAUUCAAAAACAGACUGCAACUAAACAAACAUACUGGAGAUCUGACCAUCACAAACACUAGCGUCACAAACACUGGACUUUAUCAAGUGACCAACAUCAAGACAAACCAACAACUCACAACAUUCACUCUUACCGUCUAUGCUCGUCUGCCUGUUCCUGUCAUCACCAAUUCUUCAUCAUCUUCAUCAUCAGGCUCAAAAUGUGUUGUGUUGUGUUCAGUGAUGAAUGUGUCACAUGAUGUGAGUGUCUCCUGGUACAAAGGAAAGAGUUUAUUGUCCAGCAUCAGUGUGUCUGAACACAGAGACAUCAGCAGCAUCUCUCUUCAUCUGGAGUGUCUGGAUGAUUCUUACACAUGUGUGGUGAACACUUCCAUCACAAACCAGACUCAACAUCUCAACACUGAUGUCUGUCACAAGUGUUCAGUCAUUACAGGUCUCACCUUCAGUCGUUCAGUUCCUCUCUCUUGUGCUGUUGUUGGAUCUGUGAUGAUUGUAGCCGCGCUUCUGAUCUUCUGCAUCUACAGGAAACGCAGACAAAGAGAUCAACACGUUCACACCAGCGAGCAGGAGAUCACAUACGCAGAGCCAACAUUCUGCAAAAGACAAACACAUAAACCGAUAUCUGCAGUGGAGUAUGAUAUGGUGUAUGCUGGAGUCAUGACAAGAUGAUCAAACUCUGUUGUUGGACGUUCACGUUGCAGUAGACAUCUCUGCUUAAUAAAUCUUUAUUAGAGAGGACAAGAAGAGAAGUGGAAAGGACCACGAGACGGAAAUCGAACCCGAUGCACAACCGUGCAAUAUUUCGGAGCACUGCCCAUGAGGCUAUUGGCUCCGACACGCCAUAGUUUUUUUGACCUUCCUCAUGUGUGUGUGUUCUAUGUAAAAGAUGCAAUAGUUCAUCAUCAGCUGGAUCA